AUGAAGAACAAGAAAAAAAGUAAGGUUAAACAGCGGCUGCACCUCCUCUCUCUCAAAGUGCACCUAACCAACAUACGAGGAUUGCACUCAAAUCUCGAUGCAGUCCACCACCACCUGGAGACUGAGAGGCCGCACUUACUUUUCCUUACGGAGACGCAAAUUGGUAGCCCAGCAGAUGUAACGUACCUGCAGUACCCUGGGUAUUCGCUCGAACAUAAUUUUAAAUCUCACGCUGGAGUCUGCAUGGAGCAGAUUGUGUAUGCCUGUACCUAUCGGUCGCACAGUGGUGAUCGGGAGACGACUCGGAUGUUCGACUAUCUCAGUGAGACGGCUGACAUGGUCCAACGUCGGUAUCCAGCUGCCCAAAUGGUAUUUCUGGGGGAUUUUAACGCUCACCACCAAGACUGGCUGUUCCCAUACCAGAACACCGACCACGCCGGGAGAGAGGCGCUCAAAUUUGCCCUGUCGCUAGAUCUUACCCAGCUAGUCCAAGAAGCAACACGAGUACCCGACGUUGACGACCAUACACCUAAUUGUUUGGACCUUCUGUUGACAAGUGACCCAGACCGGUCCUCGGUAUCAGUUACAGCUCCCCUGGGCACAUCUGAUCACUGUGUGGUAAAGUCAGUAUCUAACUUUCACCCUCUGGAUACAGGUUCUACCGGAACCAGACGUGUGUGGCGAUAUAAGUCGGCAGAUUGGGAUGAGAUGCGACACUUUUUUGCAUCCUACCCUUGGCGGCGGACUUGCUUCUCUUCCUGUGAUCCGUCGAGUUGCGAACAAGAAAUAUCGGUAGUGAUACGUCAGGGGAUGGAGUACUUCAUUCCAUUUGCUGAUGUAUCACUAGAUGGCAAGAUCCCUAGGUGGUAUAAUGCAGAAUGUGCCGAAGCUGCAGCCCGUAAGGACACAGCGUUUGCAGCGUGGGCUGAAGCCCGCACCCUUAAAUCUCCGGACAUAACUACGAGGAAGAGAGCGUUCAACUCUGCUGCUAAGUCAUACAAAAGGGUUCUUAAAAAAGCUUGUUUCAACCGUAUUAAUCGCAUCGGAACCCAAUUAGCUUUCCAUCCGCGCGGUAGUAGAGCAUUUUGGUCACUCUCUAAGUCGGUUGAAAUGAGCUUCUGCCGUCCCUCACUGCCUCCUCUGCUUAAACCAGAUGGAUCGCUGGCCUUUACUGCGACAGACAAGGCUAACCUUUUAACGAAUCUGUUUACAGAAAAUUCGCUCCUUGAUGCAGGUAGUGCCUCACCGCUCAGACAUCCACCUGGCGACUCUGUUAUGUCAGAACUACGCAUUCGCCAAACUGAGGUUUUGAGAGUACUCCGUAACAUGGAUGUGAAUAAGGCUAGUGGCCCUGACGGGAUACCAUCAAGAAUACUUAAAAAACUUUCGGCUAACGAACCUGCCGAUUGCGUCGUCACCGUCGUCGGUGUAGUAGACACAAGUGUUAGUGUGUCUUGUCACCGCUACUACCGCAUGAGACACACUUUCGUGGAUUUGUAG